CCAUUUUAUUGUGUUAAUCCCGGUCCCUCCUUGCCGAGUGCCCGCCCGGCCACACACUUUCCCUCUCAAUGGGUCGCAAACCGAACCAACUCAUCCUCGAGUUCUUUAUUCGAGGCCAGAAACUCGAGGACGCCAGUAAUCGCUACCAGCACACGUGCAAGGCCUGCGGAGAGAAAUUUCCCAAGGGUCGCAUCGACAGCUUGACCAACCAUCUCGUGAAGAAGUGUCAAGCCAUCCCGUUGCGCGAUCGGCAACGCGUCUUGUUGCGACUCCACGAACUUCCCGAUCUCGCCGAUGGCGACCAGAACAAGGAUGUGACGAGUAAGGGCAAAUCGGUGGAUCUGCCCUUCACUACACGCCAGAAUUUCGAUGGCCUUAAUGUUUUGGCCGAGGCAUCGCGCCAGGUUGGUGCGUCCGACCAGACGAAACGGGGCCCUGCAUACACUCAGUCGGUGACAGUCGGGGGAAAGACCGUGGUCGUCGACCCGGCUCUCGAGGCUGAAGGCUUUCAAGGUCAUCCUACACAGCCGGACCAGGUUGAAGAAGAUGCGAACAACGCUCCAGGCACUCCUCAAGGAUCCAACGCCUCUUCUGUACCUUCCCUGCCUAGUUCCUCUCAAGAUCAGCCGCAAGCCGCAGCCGCAUCCCCCCCGUUGCCAGACGUUUCGUUGACUCCGGACCCCACCUCCAAUGCGCGCCAGUCGCAACUGUCCAUGAUUGCUGCUUCCGCUAGUGAGAUGGUGCCCCACGGUCUCCCAAUGGAUCACGACGCAGGUCUUACCGACGGUAUGCCUAAGAUGAGUCCCUCGUGGAACCAGCAGCUGUCCACCCAGGAGCAGCUUCUCUUCGACAGCCUCCACGAACACGAUCCCACUCUCACUGCAGCCACACAGCGCGCUGCUUCCUUCCCCCGUCCUAUUGCUAUGAACCCCAACUCUCAGGCCAAGGGCUUCGUGAACGAAUUUGGCAACUCUACCAAGCCUACUAAACCGAAAGUGCGCGGUCGCUUCUCCGCCGCCCGACGCCGAGAGGUUCAGGAAGUUCGCAAGCGGGGCGCAUGUAUUCGUUGUCGCAUGCUGAAGAAGCCUUGCUCCGGUGACAGCCCGUGUACCACCUGCGCCAGCGUCGAGAGCGCCCGCUUGUGGAAGCACCCGUGCAUUCGCACGCGCAUUGCCGAAGAAUUCGAGCUGUACAAUGCAAAUUUGCACGCUACCCUUGCCUACCACGAUGUGAGCGGUAUCCGCAAUCAAAUCAAAUUCGAACACUACGCUGGACGUAUUGAGGUUACCCAUUUUGAGGAGAGCAUGGUCUACGUUACCUUUAGCGGACUCCAGGGCCACAAGGCACCCGCAUCGACGCUUGACCCUCAGCUCCAGGCUCUCGGAGAUGAAACACAAUUCCAGGGCCCUCUACACGAGCUGUAUCUGCUGGACAGUGAUGCAGAUGAUCUUCCCGGAAAGAUCGAGAUGUACAUCAAGAAGACUGCGCCGUUCUUCUACGAGCGGGAGGCUUCAGACUUCAUGAGACCAACUUUGUUGCUUGCUGCGGAGCUAAGCCAGCAGAAAAAGGACGUGUUGCUCGAACGGGUGCUGGAACUCUGGAUUGCCACUCACAUUCUGGCCGACGGGGAAUUGCAGUGGAAGACAUUCUGCAACCCAACUCUUCCUCCCACAUCGAUGCACUCUCUUGCACAGCCAUCAGACGACGGCCGCACGCCCAUUGACAGUGUCACCAACAGCGAGUCGUACGAGCUCCUAUGCAGCCAGCUGCGGGCCGCAACCGAGAAACGCGCGUCGCAGCUGAGCAAGUCGGUUAUGAAUGAUCUCGAGCGGCGACUGCUUCAGCGCCAGCAAAGUGGCUGGUUCGAGACCUUCCUGGUUGCGCUCAUUUUGUUGAACUGCGUGGAGCGGACGUGCUGGCUAUUCCGGUCCUGGGACGACGAGAACUUUGCUCAGCGGUGGCCUUUGGACAAGCGCCCACCAUACUACGCCAAUCAAGGCGAUCGCUUCUCCGACAUCCUGCACAUGCUGUUGAAGAUGCGUAGCCUUCCGCCCAAGGCUACUCCUCGACCAGAUACCGGCAUCCUAAAAGCCGUGGAUGGUAGUGACGAGAAUGCAGCUCGCUGGUUUGACAUGAUCAAAGUGACUCCUCUCUUCCUUGAACAACGUCAAGCCACCGUUUUUGACCCUACUGACUCCCGCUCGCUCGACCUCCGCUACGGAGCCAAGCUCCUCCCCCCAACGAACGUCUACACCUAAUCCUGCCUUGCUGCGUCUUCUAGGCUCUUCUAGCACUGGUUGACGAAACAGAAAGAAAGCACAAAAAAACAAAGUAAACGACUUUGAUGACAACAACAACAACAUUAACAACAACAACAAACCUCGAAUUAAGCAGGCUUCUCUUUUCUUUGCCUCUGCACUAUCACAAUCUAUGAUUGACCUGUUGGCUCUAGUAUAUGGUGUAGAUGGAUGGGCGUGAGUGUAGGCGUGGACAUGGGCAUGGGCAUGCGAGGGAAGCAAAAAGGAACGACAGGAAGGACGGACGGACGGACGGAGAAUGAAUGCAGCGAUUAUGUGUGUGCGUGUUUCUUUCUUUUCCAAAAUCUAAACCCCCUGUAGUAAUGUAACCGAACG